UCCUCCUCCACCACCUCCCCCUACAUCCCCAAGUCAUUAUAUCCUCUUCCUCUUUUCUGCCAUCUACCAACGAGUGGUACUCGCCCGCGUUCCCGCUAGGCACUCAGAGAGGCUCCUCUCGGUGCUCGAAACCGAACGCCUACUAGGCCGCCAGCGAGACAUCGUCCCGCGCUCCUUCUACGACUCCUUCCGUUACCCUCCCUCCUAAGAUGGCCGACUUCGCUCCGCCGCCAGGUCCGCCGCCUCCCAAGGCACCCGAAGUGCCCGCCGGCUGGGCCGCGCGCUGGAACGAGCAGUAUAAGGAAUGGUUCUACGUCAACGUGUACACGAAAAAGUCGCAGUGGGAGAAGCCCACCGCACCCGUCUUCCCCAUCGAUGAGAACGCCCCGGACGAGCCGCCCCCGGGUUACGAGCCCGGCGGCGUCACCGCCCCGACCGACACCAAGAAGAACCCCUACGAGGACCGCUCCGGUAACCACGGCGGCACCGCCGCCUCGUCCGCGCACGACGAAGACGCCAAACUCGCCGCCAAGUUGCAGGCAGAGGAGGACGCCCGUGCCCGCGGCAGCAGCCCCGGGGGCGGCGCCGCCGCCUCCUACAUGCAGCAGCCGCAGCAACAGUCAAGUACGGGUGGCUCCUACCCCCCGGAGCAGUUUCCUACAGAGAUGCCCCCGCGCGGGGACCGCGACCGCAGCAAGGGCGGACUGCUAGGCAAGCUGUUCGGCGGCAAGGGCAGCAAGCCGCAACAGAGCUACGGCGGCGGUGGUUACUCGCCCCAACCGCCUCAGCAGCAGCAAGGAUACUACCAGUCGCCGCCGCCGCCGCAGCAGUAUGGCGGCUACGCACCACCGCAGCAGUACGCCCCUUACGGCGGACAGCCCGGUUAUGGCGGGUACCCUCAGCAGCAGGGCUACGGCGGCGGCUAUGGCGGCUAUCCACAGCAGCAGCAGCAGCAGCAGCCGCAACGCAAGGGCGGCAUGGGCGGCAUGGGUAUGGGCCUGGCCGGCGGCGCGCUCGGCCUGGGCGCCGGUGUGUUGGGCGGCGCGCUCAUCGCGAAUGCUGUCAACGACCACGAGCAGGAGGCAUAUAUGGACGGAUACCAGGACGGACACGACGGCGACUUUGACGGCGGCGACUAUGACGGCGGCGACUUUUAAGGUU